AUGAUUCGCGGCAUUUGCAUCCUCCUCGCCCUCCGCGGCGGCGCAGCCGAACCCAACAGCGACGCGGUGCCAACUUGCGCCAAGAAGGGCGUGACCUACGUGAGCGAUGUCAAGGGCACGCCAAAUUCCGCGUGGCUCUACACCCCGAAGAUGUGCCAGAUGGCCUGCUACAUUAACCCAUCCUGCAAGCAUUUCUCGUGGAAGGAGGACUCUUUCCCCGGCGGUGCCUGCAACCUUCUGGGAGAGGAUGUGCAGGAGAAGGUCGAUGAGAAGUCGUACAGCGGCCCAAAGGCCUGUGCGGGUGAGGUCCCGGUGAACGCGGCGUCGAUGGCGGAUGCUGCAAGCAAUGUCGGCAACACGCUGAACCAAUUUGGCAACGAUCUUGCCCAGAAGGCAAACGAGGUCGGCAGCCAGUUCAGCAACCAGCUGAAUCAGGCCAGUCAGGAUCUGGACAAGUUUGGAAAGGAUUUGACCCAGAAGGCCAAUCAAGCCACCAGUGACCUGAGCCAGAAGGCCAAUGAGUUCCACAACCAGGUCAACCAAGUCGGGCAGGAUCUCGCCCAGCAGGCAAAUCAGGCCAUGGACGAUCUGACCCAGAAGGCCAAUCAGGCCAACAGUGAUCUGACCCAGCAGACCAAGGAUUUCAACAGCAAAGCCAUCAAGAUUCAACAGGAUCUCCUCCAGGCCGGAAAGGACUUGAGUCAGAAUGCCAAUCAGGCCGGCAGCAGCCUGAGCAAUGAGCUGAGCCAGAAGGCCAAGGAGUUCCAGAGCGAUGUGAACAAGCUCCGGCAGGAAGUGGGCCAGCAGAAAAAUCAGGUUGCAGCGGAUCUGACCCAGAAGACCAAUGAGGUCAGUGGAGACCUCAACCAGAUGUCAAAGGAGUUCAACAGCCAGGCCAACCAGCUCGGGCAGGAUUUGACCCAACAGGCAAAUAAGGUUGGCGACGUUCUGACCCAGAAGGCCAACCAGGCCAGCAGCGACCUGAGCCAGAAGGCGGAUGAGCUCAACGAUGCCGGCAAGGACCUGACACAGACGGCCCAGGAUGCGAUGGAGUCCGCGGGAUUGCAGGCCAAGGAGGCCGCCGACCAGAUGGGCGACAAGGCCAACGAGAUCCUCGGCUCCGCUCCGGGAAGCUCGGGCGGCGGUGGCGACAACACCAUGACCUACGGCGUGAUCGGGGGCAUCGCCGGGGCCCUUGCGUUGGCGGGCGGCGCCUACUACUUCAUGUCCGGAGAUGAGAAGAAGAAAAAGAAGUCCAAGCGCGCCGUCAGUGUGGACGCAGCGCCCAUGAUCGAGGAGGCGCCGGAGGUCCCUCAGGUCACCGCGCCACAGGCCUUCCCGCAGCAGUUCCAGAACCAGGUCCAGAACGUGAUGGCCUACGCCAACCAGCAGAUGCAGCAGGCUGCGCCACGGUACUAUCAGGUGCCGCAACAGGCCCAGGCCUACCAGACCGCCACCUACCAGCCGACCUACCAGGGCGGCUACCAGGCUGGCUUCGUCUUCCCUUCGCCUGUCCAAGACACUGUACACGCCCAGUAG